AACUUUCGUCUUAUCAUCAUUUUUUAUUAUGUCCAUGUUUAUCUCAUCUUUUCUUCAAAAUUAAUGUGACAAAUUUCUUCACAAUUUCUGCGGUUUACGGUUCGAUCAAUUAUUUGCAGAAUUAAUUGGUGGUUCAUUCCUUUUCAGAUUCUUUGGAAGUGAAAUGGCAUCAAACUUACUGUUUUCGCCUUUUGUCUCCAGUAUCGAGCCAAGUUUCUGGCACAAAGCUGCGCAACUUAAACUGGAGACUGAUAUGCUCCAAGAAGUUCCUCGCAGUGUCUGGGGAUAUUACUCAUCUCCUGAUGUACAACCAUUUUCACUGUCGGUUGAUUACAGUGCCUUCAAUGUGGACCCAGAGAAUGAAUCAAACAGGCAAAUUGCUUGUGGCGUUUACCUUAAUAAAAACACAAUUGAAUCGUUUAAGGCCUGUGAUAAAAAAGAACUGCUGAAAACCUAUGGUGAAGAAUUACUGAAGAAUAUUCACUCUGGAGCUGUGCUUGAUAAUCCAUCCUUAUUAUCAUCUUUUUUUGUUUUGACUUUUGCAGACUUGAAAAAGUUCAAUUUUUACUAUUGGUUUGCAUUUCCCUCCCCUGCUCUACCUGCAUACAGAAAUCAUGGGAAACCUGAUAAUCUGCCCGAAAUACUUUCAGACUCACAAAUGCGCAGUCUUGUCAACGGGCACUCAGUAUUGCCGAAAAGACAAAGAGGAUUUUUUGGAGUCAAAAUCAAUGACACAGAUAGUGUUGAAGUCAUAACUCUCAAGCAAUACCUAGAACUCACCAAAAAUAAUGAAGAUUUCAAAUUAUACUUAGGAUUUGUUGACUCCAGUUCCUAUCCUGAAAGUCCUGGUUGGCCUCUAAGAAAUCUGUUAAUAGUCAUCAAGCAUUAUUGUCCAUCACUUCUAGAGAAAGGGAUUGACGUCAUCGCAUUACGAGGGGUCAAUAUUCACUCAGUCGUCAAUAGCUUGGUCUUUCAAAUCAAACUUCAAGAAUCCUCUCCUCAAAUUACUGAUGAUAGUGCAAGCAGCUUCGUUGGAUGGGAAAAGAAUAACCGAGGGAAAUAUGGCCCAAAAUUUGUUGAUCUAAGCGGUAUCAUGGAUCCCACUAAACUGGCUGAAAGAGCUGUUAGCUUGAAUUUGAAGCUGAUGAAGUGGAGGCUGUUACCAAGUUUGGAUCUUGAUGUAUUGAAAUCUAUCAAAGUUCUCUUACUCGGAGCUGGUACCUUAGGUUGUGCUGUUGCCCGGAAUUUGAUGGCAUGGGGAAUCCAUCGAAUAACAUUUGUCGAUAGUGGAAGAGUUUCUUACUCAAAUCCAGUGCGGCAGUCUCUAUUCCUCCACAAGCACUGUGCAGACAAGGGUGAGCUCAAAGCUAAGGCUGCUGCAAAUGCACUUGUUGAGAUCUAUCCAGGAUCGGAAUCAGAAGGAAUUGAACUCAGUAUACCCAUGCCCAACCACACAACAAGUGACCUAAAAAGUGCAGAGGUUCUUGAUUCUUUGAUUUCUAGUCACGAUGUAGUGUUUCUUCUGACUGAUUCUCGCGAAAGUCGCUGGCUUCCUACAUUACUUGCUGCUGGUAAAAAAAAGAUUGCUAUCACCGCAGCAUUAGGUUUUGAUUCAUACUUGGUUUUACGACAUGGCAUACCGUUGGAAGCUGAUGGUGAGGGAGGCGCUAAAUUAGGCUGCUAUUUUUGCAAUGACAUCACUGCUCCAGGAAAUUCUCAAGUAGAUCGCACCUUAGACCAACAAUGUACUGUAACAAGGCCUGGAGUUUCCUCUAUAGCAGCAUCUUUAGCAGUAGAGUUACUUGUUUCGCUUUUACAACACCCUUUAAAAGGCUGUGCAGACAGUAAAGAAGACUGUUGUUUAGGGUUUGUUCCUCACUCCAUUCGAGGAUUCUUAGCUCAAUUUCAACAGAUGCUGCCAUCCACCCCUGCUUUCUCACAAUGUAUAGCAUGUUCUCCAGCAGUCUUGCAAGAAUACCGUAAAAGAGGCAACGAUUUUCUUCAAGAAGUGUUUAAAAAUUCCAAGCAUCUGGAAGAAUUGACUGGUCUGACACAGUUACACAGCAAAACAGAGGAAGCAGAUAUUUGGGAGUAUAGCGAUGAAGAAGCUGCAGGUGACUCCACUUAAUCUCAGACAUCAAGCCCUUGCCCAUGAUGGGCAGCGAUCUCACAACUUCAGGAAGAAGUACUCGAUUUUGUGAUCAAAGUAUUUUCUCAUAACUUUCAUAUCAUCAUUCUAGAACCCGGUUUUUUUCGCUACGUUUUUCACUCAUUUCAUUUUGGUUGAGUUUGAUAACGAGCGACAGAGAGGCACUUUUACAGAGUUAUGUCUCUCCUGUGAGCUCUGCUCUCGAUCCAAAAGAGCUGUUUCUCAAGCAUCCUCUUUCGAAGUUGCUGAAGGAGCUCAGCGAAGGAUCCUAAAUUGAAUUCAGUAUUUUCAACAUGGCAAAAAACGAGGGGAAGCAAAAGAGAAGAACUUGUGAAGCGAUAAGUGAAGCGACAAAUUUAACCUUCAUUUUUACUGAUCAGGUGGCCAUUUAAGCACUCCUGAAUGCCAGUACCGAGUAUCAUGUUGUACCACAGUAUACCUACACUGAUUCAGUUUUUUGGCCAGGACGUAGAUGAACGAGUUUUUGAGCAGCUGGAAUUGGUCGAUCUCGAAAUGCUCCUCUUUGUCUUGUUUAGCUGGUUCCUAAUCUCUGGUUUCGACGUAUGUCCAUUACGUUGGACACACUUCUUGCUGCUACUUGUUCAGAUUUUUGUUCUGAAGGAGGUAACUCACGCUAAAUUCAGCACCCAGCCCGCUCUAGGAUUUGACGUCUGUCCACCCUCUCCCCUAUUUCUAUUUUCAGGAAAGGGAAAACGAGCGGUGAAAAAUGUUCUACUAUUUCAAAUUCCUUUUUUCUUAGAAAACAGCCUUAACGUCAGAUUUUUGCUCAGCGCAAAUUUAAUUAUGCCCUGUAAUCAAAACAACCAUAUCCUUCCUGGCGAUAUUCUGUCCUUAAUUUUGUUAUUUGUGCCAAGAAUUUUAAAUUUACAUCGGAAACCAUUUGACUUUCUGUUGAAUAUGCUUAUCGAAAACUCAUUUCAAGAAACAUAGAACCUACUUUUGUCGAUUUCAAAAUAGGUGCAAAGUAGUGCUCCUAAACAUCCAUUUUCCUGUCUCUUGGUACAGAAAGUAUCUAGUGCAAAUCGAAAAAUGACUCCCAAACGCAGUAGCAUUGAUGCCUUAUAAUUUGCCGCAGUAAGAAAAAAGGUUUUUUUUUUUUUUUUUAUUUAUUCUCUGAAAGGUCAAGACUUUUAAAGCACCUGUUUUUAGAAGUUACAUAUUUUUUUAGCUUAAAUUAAGUUAUUUACUUGAUAGGAAUUUGUACUGAAAGAAACGUUUUUGAUAAAGUGUUCUGCUGUGAGCAAAAGCUUCUACAUUGUAUGUAAGAAUAUUUGUGAAAGUUUUAUAUUUUUGAAUCUUCAACUGUUUUUUACCACAUAAACAUUUGGUUUUUUA